AUGUCAAAAAGAAAUUUCGAUCGGCAUAUUCAACAACAAAUCCAAAUGGCAUCAUCGUCAACCAUGGUUAAAAAACCAAAACUCCUUAAUAUAAGUUCUGCAAUUCCAAAAGGUAAAUCUCUAAGUAUUCAAUCUCCAUCAGUUGUUAGUGAACAGUCAGAAGAUGUAGCCGAUAUUCCUUUAAUUUGCAAUAUGUCUUAUACACAUUUUCCUGAAAGUAUCAAUUUUUCGAAUAAAGAUGAUGAUAAUAAUAAUAAAAAAUCAAAACUUGUAGACAGUCUAAAAAAAAUAAUUUCAAAGUACCAUGUAUCGCACAAUUUUGUAAAUGAGUUAUUGUUAAUUUUAAGAGAAGAGGGAUUGGAUCUCCCAAAGGAUGCAAGAGUUCUUUUAAAUACACCGAAACAUCAAAGUAUCAUACAUAUAAAUCCAGGAUCAUAUAUUCACUUAGGAAUCAAAACUAUGAUGUUUCCAAUACUAACAACAUUUAUUUCUGAUUUUUGUAACACUUCUAUAAUAAAAUUAUCAUUAAACAUUGAUGGAUUACCAAUUUCUAAAAGUUCUAAGGCAUGCUUUUGGCCCAUUUUAAUAUCUAUAAUAAAUAACACCAAAUUAUCUAAAUUAAUUAUACCUAUAGGUAUUUAUCACGAUAAGUAUAAAAAGCCUGAUUGUAUUUCAGAAUUUUUAAACCCUUUUGUAACAGAAAUGAAUGAUUUAAUAACUAAUGGUUUCUAUAUAAAUAAACAAAAAUUUACAUUUGAAAUUUCCCAAAUCAUCUGUGAUGCUCCCGCAAAGGCGUUUAUUCUUAAUGUUAAACAAUUUAAUGCUUAUCAUGGUUGCAAUUCAUGCACAGAAGAAGGAACAUUUCUUAACAGAAUGACAUUUUUAGGAAUGGACUCAGAAUUAAGAACUGAUAAAUCAUUUCGUGAAAAAACUGAUGUAGAUUAUCAUAAAGGCAACAGUCCGUUAUUACAUUUUAAAAUUGAUAUUACAUUAUCAGUAGUACUCGACUACAUGCAUAAUGUAUGUUUGGGUGUUAUGAAGAGAAUGCUACAGUUUUGGUUGAAAGGACCAAAGCCCGUUAGACUUUCUAAAAUAGAUAUUGACAUUAUUUCUUCAGAACUAAUAAACUUAAAAAAAACAUUUCCUGCAGAAUUUUGUAGGCUACCUAGAUCGCUUGAAGAAGUUGAAUUUUGGAAAGCCACUGAGUACAGAUCAUUUUUACUCUAUACUGGGCCUAUUGUUUUAAAGGGGAGAUUAAAGAAAAAAUUCUAUGAACAUUUCAUUAUUAUUCAUACAGCUAUUCGCCUUCUUGCAUCUAAUGAGACUUGUGUAACUUAUAAUGAUAUGGCUACAACUUUAAUAAGAAAAUUUGUCUAUGAUUAUUCAAUUUUGUAUGGAAAUGAAUUUAUAACGUAUAAUGUUCACAGUUUAAUACAUUUAUCUCGUUUUGUAAAACAUCAUGGACCGCUAGAUUCUUUCAGCGCAUUUAAAUUUGAAAAUUAUUUGCAGUUUGUUAAAAAAAGCUUAAAAAAUACAACAUUUCCUCUUCAAGAUAUAUAUAACCGUAUUAUAGAACAGAAAGAACUUCAAAUACAAUCAGUUAUAAAUAAUUGUUAUCCUAUUUUAAAAAAUGAAAUCCAUAAUUAUGAUGCAUUUUAUUUAUACAAUCCACUUAUAACUUAUUAUGAAAAAAUUAUAACCGAUCAAUUUUUAAUAAGCUCUACAAAUUUAAAGAAUGGUCAUUUUAUUUUAAAAGAUAAUAGUAUUGUUGUAGUAAAAAAAAUUUUAAAAUAUUCCAAUGAUCAAAUUGAGUUAGGAGUAGUAAAAUAUAAUAGUUAUUCUGUAAUGUCUAAUACCCCUAUUGAAUCAAAUAUUGUUGGAACAUUUUAUGUGAGUACAACAGAUAUUUCUGAUCUAUUUUUUGUUAAAUUAAAAUAUAUUAAGAAUAAAUGUUUUUUUGUUACUAUACCUAAUGACAGGGCUGUUGUCAUUAGCUUAUUACACAUUAGUGAGUAAUUUCAUGUUGUACUAAAUAAAGUUAUAUUAUUUUUUUUUAAUGUAAUGAAUAAAUAAAUACAAUUUUUUUAAAUAUAAAAAUAUGUCUGUAUUUAAUAAUGUAACUAAUUGUAUUACUUUAAAUCAUUUAUAUAUUAUUUUGUUUAAUUUUUUAUUUAUUUUAA